UUCUGUGUAUUCUUUUAAAUGAACAUAAUAUAUUAUUAAUUUGUUUCAUAAGCUAUUAAAAUUAAUGAAAUUUGGAGGCCUUUGCAAGUAAUAAUGUGUUUUUGUAGUAAUUUAACGUGGGCGUAACCUGCAACUUGAUAGCCAUGUCGGAAUCAACACCUUUCUUCAUAGACCGAGCCAAAGGCAGUCGGGCGUCAUGUAAAGGUUGCAAAGGUAAUUGUCCUUCUGGUGAGCUUCGUAUAGCAAAAUUAGUUUAUAGUCCAUACGGUGAAAACCAGCAGAUGAAAUCAUGGCAUCACAUAGAUUGUUUGAUGAACGUCCUGCUAAAACAACGUCCGACCACCAAAAGAAUAGAUUCUAUCAACGACAUCGGCAACUGGGAGAACAUCAGCAAAGAGGAUCAGGAGUUGGUGCUAAAAAAGAUCAACGAGAUGGAGAAACUUUAUGAACAAAAAAAUAAUGGCAAAUACACUGCGAAAGUAAUCAAGAACGAGGCUGUUGUAAAGCAAAAACCGCCACCAGAAGCAGAAGCUGCUAAAACAAAAGAAACAGAUGACAAUAAAUUCUCUACAUUUCAUAAAAUUUGCCAAAAAAUUGCUAAAGUUGAUGCAUACACGGAAAAAACAGCAGUAGUAAACAACUUCUUUACAAAAGGAAUUAAUGGCACUUUCGAAGGUGAUAUUUAUCUGUGGUGUAAAUUGUUGCUACCACAGGCAUGUAAGAGAAUUUACAAUCUAAAAAGUAAGCAGCUAGUGAAGUUAUUUUCUAGAAUAUUCAACACAGAUCAAGAUGAUAUGCUGACUCAUUUAGAACAAGGGGAUGUGGCCGAUACAAUCCAACACUUCUUUUCUAAGAGUAAAUCUACUGUACAACCAGCAUCAGAAAGUACAUUAACAAUACAACAAAUGGAAGAUUUUCUCGAAGACUUGUCUAAAUUGACUAAAGAAGAGGAGCAAAUAUAUCAUUUUAAGAAAAUUGUAAAGAAAUGUGAUUUGAAUGAUAUGAAAAUGUUAAUCAGAUUGAUAAAGGGUGAUUUGCGUAUUAAUGCCGGUCCAAAGCACAUAUUAGAAGGGGUUCACCCGGAUGCCUAUACUGCAUUCCAAACCAGUAGGGAUUUAACAAUGGUCCUGCAGAGAGUUUUGCCGCAAAACAGCGGGGUAAAACAUAAAGAUUUAAUACACAAAAAUGUUCAAGCCAAACUCAGUCUUAUGACACCCGUCCUCCCCAUGUUGGCUGAGGCCUGUAAAUCAGUUGAAAUGGCUAUGAAAAAGUGUCCAAAUGGCAUGUUCUCUGAAAUUAAAUAUGACGGAGAAAGAGUGCAGGUCCAUAAAAAAGGUAAGGAGUUCAAAUAUUUCUCCCGAGCUUUAAAACCUGUUAUGGCACAUAAGGUGAGCCAUUUCAAGGAUUACCUACCUCAAGCCUUUCCCAAAGGUGAUGAUCUCAUACUGGAUGCAGAGGUUCUGAUGGUUGAUGUGACCACCGGCAAACCAUUACCUUUCGGAACCCUAGGCAUUCAUAAGCAGUCGGAAUUCAAAGAUGCAUCAGUGUGUCUAUACAUCUUUGAUUGUCUUUACUACAAUGGAGAAGUAUUAAUAGACAAACCAAUUAAGAAAAGACGGCAAAUAUUACAUGAAAUCAUGGUUGAAAUUCAAAAUCAUGUUAUGUUUUCUGAGCAACAGCUUAUAAGAAAACCUGCGGACUUAGCAAAUAUGAUAGCCAAGGUUUUACAAUUGGGCUUAGAAGGACUUGUUCUCAAGGAUUUGGAGUCCACAUAUGAGCCAGGCAAAAGACAUUGGUUGAAAGUGAAAAAAGAUUAUCUUUUUGAUGGAGCUAUGGCCGACACCGCUGAUUUGGUAGUGCUGGGCGCAUGGUUUGGUACUGGGAAGAAAGGUGGAAUGAUGUCUGUGUUUUUGAUGGGCUGCUUGGAUAAGCGGAGAAAUAAAUGGGUGACAGUCACCAAAGUUCAUACGGGCCAUGAUGAUAAGACUUUGGAGAGGUUACAAAAGGAGCUGGGUCCUAAAAUGGUUAAAAUAUCCGGUGAAUAUGCCAAGGUACCGCACUGGCUCGAUUGUAAUAAAGGCAUGGUACCUGAUUUCAUCGCUGCAGAUCCUAAAAAGCAACCUGUGUGGGAAAUUACAGGAACUGAACUUACAAAAGCAAAUUUGCAUACUGGAGAUGGAAUAUCUGUAAGGUUUCCCAGAGUAACACGAAUUAGGGACGACAAAGACUGGGAAACAGCUACAAAUCUAGAUGAACUUAGACAUUUGUAUAAAACAUCAAAAGAGAAAACAGAUGUGUCACUUCUGAAUAAACUAGCUGAGACAGCCGCUGAAAAUGAUGAUUCACCGCCAAAGAAAAUAAAAGCUAGUCCAUCAAAAGCAAAUACCUUAGAUAAGUUCCUUGUAAAAGAUGAAAAGAGUCCUAAAAGCCAUAAGAGUAAAGACAAAGAUAAAGUCAGUGAGAAGAAAAGAAAAAGAAAAACAAUUUCUUCUGAUUCAGAGGAUGAAAUUGAUACGAAAGAAACAAAAGUGUAUAUAGAUAGUCCAUCGUGUAGUAAAAAUAUUAAAGAAUCUCCUACUUCCAAAUCAAAAGAUCGUACAAGCGACAAAAAAAGAAAGAGAAAAGAAUCUACUGAUAGUGACAAUACAAUCAUUGAUGACUCACUUGAAACAAUUAUUAAAAAGGAAGUAGAAUCACCUAAGGAAGAAUCUCCAAAAGUAGAAAAGAAAAUAAAAUUAGAGAAGAAAAUAAAAACUGAGGUUGUGGAUGAAGAAGAAUCACCUAAAAAAGAAAAAUACAUAAAACACAAGAAAGUUAGAACAAAGGCUGAAUCGAAAGAAAUAAUACCAGAUGAUGAAGAUUAUUCGGAACCAGAAAAUCCACUACCAGAUGCAUUCAAAGACAAGAGAUUAGGUUUCUAUCCAGAUUUUAUAAGUAUACCUGAAGAGGAGGGCACUCAUUUUGAGAGACAUUGGAUUGCCUAUGGUGGUGAAGUGGUGAAGUCUAUCAAACGCAUGGAUGUUGAUUUUGUAGUUCAUAAUGAAGAUAGUAUUGAGUUCAAACAAAUGUUGAAGCUGAAUAGAAAAGUGCCUGAGAAGGUUAGACAUGUCAGUAAGACUUGGUUAAAUGAAUGUAUAAAUUCUAUUCAGUUGAUCAAUCCGAAGUAUUAUGGUGUAGUUCUGCUGCCCUAAAGUUAUGAGCUAUAAUUAUUACUUUUGUUUUUGCUUGUGUUUUAAUUGCAUGAAUUGUAAAAAUCUGAAUUGAAUCAUGGAUAACUUAACCCCUCUUACUAA